GCCACCGGUUGCUGUCGAGCCCCGGAUCUUUUUUAUACGUUUCUAAUUAUAAGCGAUUUUAUAGUGUAUAAAUAUUAUAUACGAAAUCAAACCAGUUAAGCAGACAAUUAAAAAUGUGGAAAUUCUACAAUGCAAUUAUAAGGCGACAAGGUGCAGGCAGUCUAGGCGCUUAUCUGUGGGUGGAGCACUCAGUCAGCAGACCCAGUUGGAAUUCUUGGACACUUCGCCGCCUCGAAUCGAUGAGAAGUGGCAGCAGGCCAAGUACUAUGGAAAAAAUGCCGGGUCCCAGCACUUUGCGAAUGAUAUCUUACUUCAUGCCAGGAGAUUGGAAACCCAAAGGGAUCCCGAGACCCACACCCGGAAUGCAGACUUUCAAAGCUCAAAAUGUGCCCCUAAAUACCCGCAUGGGAUUGCUAAGCGAUCAGCCAGAUCCGAAUGCUGCCCUUGUGGCCAAGCAUAUGGGUGACUUCUUUAACCUUAGCUUCAAGUACGAUGUGCAGCCCUCAAUUUGGCCUUACUACAAGACCCCUGGCUUCAAGAAGUUCCUGAAAACAUACGAGGAUAUCACCGCGGUUACAUUGAAUUACAUAGAGAUAGCUAUGCAGAGCCUCGGGAACAAUGAUAAUCGUAGGUCCAAGUGUGUUCUGGAGCAGCUGCUGCAACUUAACAAGCAAGUGACUGUGGCAAUGGUCAUGGACAUGCUGAUCGCAGGAAUCGAUACGACCUCUUCAGCUUGUCUUACGAUCCUCUAUCACCUGGCUCGCAAUCCCUCGAAGCCGGAGAAGCUGAGCAGGGAAUUGCUCCGAAUGCUGCCCAACAACAGGGAUUCCCUGACCGAUGAGAGUACCAAGAACAUGCCCUAUAUGCGCGCCUGCACACCGUGAAACUUCCGAACAACCACCAAGGAUCUAGUGCUCUCGGGCUAUCAAGUGCCUCGGGGCACGAAAGUCGAUGAGUACUUUGCCCAGAGUGCGAAUUUCAUAUGGCUCAAGUCUGAUUUGGCUGUUGAUAUCCAGGCCUGUCCAGAGGCCCGGUCCCGCAAUCCCUUCGUCUACCUGCCCUUUGGCUUCGGACCUCGCACCUGCAUUGGCCAGAGGAUUGCAGAACUGCAGAUCGAGACCCUGCUGGUGCGACUUCUGCGGACCUACAAGGUCAGCUGGCUGCUGUACGAAAGCACCAUUAUCCUGGCGCCUUGUGGGGAUAUUCGCUUCAAGCUGCAGCCAGGCGGUGAUUCCAUGUGAUAUGUAGGCUAAGCUCAAGUACAGACUUCCGGUUAAGUUCAGAGA